GUCACUAAAGACCCGGGGUGGUGUGCGCGGGAGUUGAGGGUUCACGCGGCGCUCGGGCCUCGGCUAUGGCUCACAGGCCGAAAAGGACUUUUCGGCAGCGCCCAGCCGAGUCCAGCGACAGCGACGGCGCCGACGAGCUGUCUGCUGAGCCCGGAACACGGAAGGAGCAGGAGACCUCCGGCCCUGCGGAGGAAGGGCCGCCCUCUGGAGGAGGCCGCGCGCAGGUGGCGGAACGGCCCCGCCGGGUCCGGGGCGCUCGGGGCCGGGGCCGGGGCCGGGUGUGGGCGACUUCCCGGCGCGCCCCGGGAGCGGCUCCCCGCGCAGAAGCCGGGGGCGUCCAAGAAUCCAGAACAGUUGAUCUUUCAACAGAUGAAGAGGAUGGAACACAUCACUCCUCAGAAAGUAAGGAUGAUCAGAGUUCAUCUUCUGACAGCUCUGGCUCUCUAGAAGAAAAAGAAUUUUCAUCAACAGUUAAGAUCCCUGAUGCAGCUUUUAUUCAGGCAGCCCGCAGAAAACGUGAAUUGGCCAGGGCCCAAGGUGAUUAUAUUUCUUUGGAUGUAAAACAUCCCAUCACCAUCUCUGGUACGAAGAGAAACAGUGAUGACGAUCCUGAGAGUGAGCCUGAUGACCAUGAAAAGAGGAUACCAUUUGCCCCAAAGCCUCAAACACUUAGGCAAAGAAUGGCUGAAGAGACAACAAGCAGAAAUGAAACAAGUGAAGAAAGUCAGGAAGAUGAAAGUCAAGAUAUUUGGGAACAUCAACAAAUGAAGAAAGCAGUUAAAGUCAUAGAGGAAAGAGACAUAGGUAUUUCCUGCAGCAGUCGAUCUCAAACAGUGAGGAAGUUUGAUACUUCCGUUUCAUUCUCUCCAGUCAAUUUAGAAAUUAUUAAGAAGCAAUUAAAUACUAGAUUAACAUUACUACAGGACACACACCGCUCACAUCUGAGGGAAUAUGAAAAAUGCAUGCAAGAUGUCAAGAGCUCGCAGAGUACAAUCCAGCACCUAGAGAGUUCAUCAAAUCACGCUCUAAAUUAUAAAUUCUAUAAAAGCAUGAAAAUUUAUGUGGAAAAUGUAAUUGACUGCCUUAAUGAAAAGAUUAUCAGCAUCCAAGAAAUAGAAUCAUCCAUGCAUGCACUCCUUUUAAAACAAGCUAUGACCUUUAUGAAACGCAGGCAAGAUGAACUAAAACACGAAUCAACGUAUUUACAACAGUUAUCAUGCAAAGAGGAGACAUCAACAAAUGGAAGCUUGGCUGUAGAUGAAAAAACUCAAUGGAUUUUAGAAGAGAUUGAAUCUCGAAGAACACAAAGAAGACAAGCGAGGGUGCUUUCUGGGAAUUGCAGCCAUCAGGAGGGGACAUCUAGUGAUGAUGAAUUAUCUUCAGCAGAGAUGACUGACUUCCAAAAAAGCCAUGAUGCCAUUUUACAGAAUCAGAAGAAAGUUUUUGAAGAUGUGCAUCAUGAUUUUUGUAACAUCCAGAAUAUUUUGUUGAAAUUUCAGCAAUGGCGAGAAAAGUUUCCUGAUUCCUAUUAUGAAGCUUUCAUUAGUUUAUGCAUACCAAAGCUUUUAAAUCCCCUAAUACGAGUUCAGUUGAUUCAUUGGAAUCCUCUUAAGUUGGAUUCCAUAGAUUUAAAACAGAUGCCAUGGUUCACAUCUGUAGAAGAAUUUAUGGAAGAUUCAAAGAAGGAAGAUAGUUCAGAUAAAAAAAUCUUGUCUGCUGUCAUCAACAAAACAGUUAUUCCCCGACUUACAGACUUCAUAGAAUUCAUUUGGGAUCCCUUGUCAACCUCACAGACAACAAGUUUAAUAAUGCACUGCAGAGUGAUUCUUGAAGAACAUUCCACUUAUGAAAAUGAAGUUAGUAAAAGCAAACAGGAUUUAUUUAAAUCGAUUGUUUCAAGAAUGAAGAAGGCAAUAGAAGAUGACAUUUUUAUUCCUCUUUAUCCAAAGAGUGCUAUAGAAAACAAAACAUCACCACAUGCAAAGUUUCAAGAAAGACAGUUCUGGUCAGGUCUAAAGCUUUUCAGCAACAUUCUUCUUUGGAACGGACUCCUCCCAGAUGACACCUUGCGAGAGUUAGGACUAGGGAAGCUGCUAAAUCGUUACCUUAUCACAGCUCUUCAAAAUGCCAUACCUGGGCCAGAUGCUGUUAAAAAGUGUAAACAGAUAGCAGCAUGUCUACCAGAAAAAUGGUUCCAAGAUUCUGCCAUGAGGACAUCUAUUCCCCAGCUAGAAAACUUCAUUCAGUUUUUAUUGCAGUCUGCGCAUAAAUUAUCUAGAAGUGAAUUCAGGGAUGAAGUUAAAGAAAUAAUUCUUAUUCUGGUGAAAAUAAAAGCGUUGAAUCAAGCAGAAUCUUUCAUAGAAGAAUAUCACCUAGACCAUCUUAAAUUAUAAUUACACUCAGUUCCUUUGCUUGAACAAAAACCUGUUGCCUCUUCUUUAUUCCCGUAAUGGGAAAAAUGCAGGACUCCACCCCUCCAUUCCCUCCAUGCUUUCCCUUCUGGUCUCGUGAAAGGCUGCCCGAUUCUGUGAUGUUUGCAGAAAUUAAAUGCAUAGGAACAACAGUAAGAGUUCAAUGUGUUUCCCUUUGAUUCUUUUGACUUCUUUACCAAUUUAAGAGGGGAGCUGGAGAAACCUUGCUUAUAGCUGUUUUGGCUUAGCAGAGCGUGCUACUUACUAAGUCUUCUGUGCUGAACUGUGAAAACGUCUUUUGGUUCUGUUUAUUUUAACUACCUCUAUUUAAAAAUAAAUGUGGAAAUCUUAA